GUUAACCCGGAAGAAAGGCGGAGUUUCGCCGCAACGUCCACAUGUUGGUGUUUCUGUGUUUUCCAGGAUUUUAACAGCCGCAGGAGAACCGAUGGAAACGAAAUGAGACCCGGGGAAGUUCUGUAGCGGCUUAAAGUUAGAAACGACUAAAGAUGCUGAGUGAUGAUGAAGCUGCUGAACUUCUCUCCUUCCUGACGCCGACGACUCGACCGGACGUCAAAGGACGAGCCACCGAGUACAUCCUGGGACUGUCGGGACACCGUGAUGGCUGCCACUUCCUUUGCUCUAAACCCGACGUCAUCUCCGCUCUGCUGGUUCUGACCUCAGACCCGUCCAUCGCCAUCGUCAAGGACUGCUUCCACGUCCUGAUCAACCUGUCGGCCGACGAGACCCUGCACCAGGUUCUGGUGGACAAGGUUAAAGUUCUGCCAGUUCUGCUGAAGAACCUGGUGGAUCCAGACUAUGUGUUCUCUGAUCAGAUCUGCACCAUCCUGUCCAACCUGAGCCGCCACGAGAAGACCUGCUGGACCGUGUUCAAGGUUCUCCAGGAGCAGCUCGGUGUGGCUCAGCUGGUGGAGAUCUUCUGUACUGAAGGCUACAAUCAGAGGGCUAAACUCCACUACCUGGGCCCUCUGCUGUCCAACCUGACGCAGCUACCUGAGGCCAGGAACUACCUGCUGGACCCGGACAGGUGUGUAGUCCAGAGGCUGCUGCCCUUCACUCAGUACCAGGCAUCGGUGGUCCGGAGGGGCGGAGUCAUCGGCACCCUGAGGAACUGCUGCUUCGACCACCGGCAUCAUGAGUGGUUGCUAAGCGAUGCCGUGGACAUCCUGCCCUUCCUGCUGCUGCCGCUGGCCGGACCAGAGGAGCUGAGCGACGAGGAGAACGAAGGUCUGCCGGUGGACCUGCAGUAUCUACCAGAGGACAAGAAGAGGGAAGAAGAUCCAGACGUGAGGAAGAUGCUGCUGGAGACCCUGCUGCUGCUGACGGCCACCAAAGCUGGCCGACGGACGCUGAAGGACAAGAACGUCUAUCCCAUCAUGAGGGAGUUCCACCGCUGGGAGAAGGACGUCCACGUCGCUGCGGCCUGCGAGAAGCUGGUCCAGGUUCUGAUCGGAGACGAACCGGAAGCAGGGAUGGAGAACCUGAUGGAGGUGGAGAUACCUGAGGAGGUGGAGGAGAAGCUGAAAGAGGCUGAUGCCAGAGAACAGGAGGAGCUUCAGAAGAACCAGGAGGAGCUUCAGAAGAACCAAGAGGAGCUUCAGAAGAACCAAGAGGAGCUUCACAAGAACCAAGAGGAGCUUCACAAGAACCAAGAGGAAUCGAGGAGGACAGACUGAUGCAGUAAAAUCCACAAAGCACCAAAUCAGAAACAAAACUGGAGAACGUUGCUGCUGAGUUCCAAACAUGUUCUCCAUAAAGUUAAAGAUCUAUCAGAAAGAAUCAGAAGGUUUUCAGCUUUCCAACGGUCCUUGAAGUCCUCAUCUGCAGCAUGUUGUUCCAUCAGAAACACAAAUCAAAGAUCUGGAUAUUCACUGAAAAACUCACUAAAGACUGUCAGGCUAUCUGCAAUGCUAACUGUCAGAUGGUCAUGCUAACUGGCACGUUAGCUGUCAGAUUGUCAUUCUAGCUGUGAUGCUACCUGUCAGAUUGUCAUGCUAACUCUCAUGCUAAUUGUCAGAUUGUCAUGCUAGCUGUGAUGCUAGCUAUCAGUUUAUUAAAGCCACAUUUGAUUCUUUUUUAACUCUGAAUCCCAAAAAUCUGUUGCUGGGCUUUAAAAAAAACAUGAAAUUACAGAAAGAUUUGUGUGAUUUUUCACUUUUUAUCUGUUUCAUCAGUAAAAUAAGUAACCAAAUCCACGUUAUUCUGCGCAUUGGUUACAGAUGUUUUCUUCAGCCAGGUUCUGUAGAUCUGAAGGUUCUGAGCUCCUCAUCACAUCUGGACCAUGUCAAUGACCAGACGGCUCAACGUUUUUUGAGCUCCUGAGCUGAUAUGUAGACGACGCAGGAGUUCAAAUAAACGUCUGUGAGAACUUUAAA